GGCAAUGGCUACACUAAGCUCCUCCGCGCAUGUUAGCACCAACCCCUUCACUUCCUCUAACGUGUCUAGUAACGCAAACAGGUUCCGGCCAGUGAGGUGCGCACUGUCACCCCCAAAUUGGCGGGAAAGCAGGCGAUUGGUCUCUGUUUCCCUCUCCCUCGCUCUCUCACAUUUGCUCUUCGUCCCUGAUUAUGCCGUUGCUGGAGUCUUCGAUAAGUAUGUGAAAAGGAAGAAGCUUGACCCUCUUGAGGCUUAUGUAUCACCGGUUAUAUUGACCCAGUUACAAAUUAAGGACUUGGAGAAAUCUCUGGAAGGUGAUCAGCCACAGUUUGCUACCUGUAGGUCUCUGCUACGCUCCGGCCCUGCUGCGUCUCUUCGUGUUAAUAUCAGAGCUGUGGCACAAUAUGCUUCAGACAGUGGAGAUGGGAAAACUGCUUCCACCAGUGUUGAUCAAUGCCUCAGGGCAUUGGAGGAGCUAGAUAACUUGCUUUUACGUGCCACAAGAAAUGACGCAGGAGCUUCAGUCAAUUCAAUGAAGACACAGACCAAUACUGCCCUCAAUGCAUUGGACAGCCUUCUGAAAACGGUGCCAUCAGAUGUGCUAGACAAAGGAAAAAUUGCAGCUGAUUCUUACAGGAGGUCAUUAGAGGAUGUCAAUGUUGAUAUCUCAGACCCAGAACUGAAGGAAUUGCAAUCCAUAUUAUGAACUCAUCACUGUUAAAAUUCUCCAGACAGAACAUGGGUGCUCUGUAAAUUUCCCUU